AUGUCUUCUACCGGUGGAGGAUGGGCGCAACUUCGCCAACAAGCUCGAUCUCUUGAAACGCAGACAGAGACAUACUUCCACACGUACUCGCAAUAUGCAUCCAUGACCAACAUACCCACGCGCGCGUCCGAAGAAGAACUUCGCACCGAAUCGCAAUUGCAAGAUGUCCUCGAGCGGCGGGAGGCGCUCGUUUCACAACUCAGCCGCCUGCUCGACUCCGAAUCCACACAGUCCGCCGUCAAGCAGAGCAAUCUGGCCCGCCAUCGCGAACUACUGCAUGACCACCGCCGCGAGCUCAACCGAUUGAAGUCCACGAUCACGGAUGCGAGGAAUAAGGCCAACCUGCUGUCGAACGUUCGGUCCGAUAUCGAUGCCUACCGGUCGAUGAAUCCUGCCCAGGCGGAGGCGGAGUAUAUGCUGGACGAGAGGAGCAGGAUUGAUAACUCGCACAACAUUGCGGAUAGUGUUCUAAGCCAGGCAUAUGCCGUACAAGAGAACUUCAGUCUGCAGAGGGAAUCGAUUGCGAGCAUCAACAGGAGGAUUGUGGGCGCCGCAAGCCAGGUGCCCGGCAUCAACAGUUUAAUCGGCAGGAUAGGCGCAAAGAAGCGAAGGGAUGGUAUCAUCCUGGGAGCAUUCAUUGCUUUCUGCUUUCUGAUGCUGUUGUGGUUCAGGUGA